CAACGCAAUGCAUUCAAUACAACACAACACAACACAACACAGCUUACACGUCCACAUUACACGUCCUGCACUGUGGUGCUGGGGGUGACGAGGACCGGCACUGUGGUGCUGGGGGGGGUGAUGGUGCUGGGGGUGACACUGCCGCAGUAGGCCAUCGUGGUGGUGGCGGUGGUCUCAGUGGUCUCAGCUGUGGUCGUCACGGUGUGGUCCUCCCCAUCCUUGAGCUGCUUGAAGGCCUGACCACGGCCGUAGUCCUUGCCGCCGGUGACCAGGUGGUCGGGGAGCGGCUUGCCCACUAGGAACCAGAAGGCCACCGUCGCCACCACAUAGCCGAUGAAGGUCAGACCGUACUCGGGCAUCCCGAAGGGAACAGCUAUGUAGCCCAGACACAAGGCCAACAUCGCACCGAAGCACGCAUAAGGCAGCUGAGAUACACAGCACACAUACAGAGAGGGGUCGUGUGGGCCAUGAUGUGUGUGGCUCGCGUCGCGAGUGCAUACCUGCGUCUUGACAUGGUCGAUGAGGUUGCACCGAGUGGCCACCGACGACAGCACAGUCGUAUCCGAUAUGGGGGAGCAGUGGUCACCGAAGAUCGCGCCGUCCAACACUACCAACACGCACGACAGACAGACAACACCCACACUCCUGGUCUGAAAUGAAGCAGGUGAUGUGUCUGCGAACCGACCUGCCGAUGCGGUGAGGAAUAUGAGUUUGACCCCCAGUGGCGACAGGCCGAACCGCCCGCCCUCCGCGCGCUCACUCAGACGGUACGCAAUCGGCACCGUCACGGGCAGCAAGAUGCCCAUCGUGCCCCAACUCGUACCUACACAGCACACGCACACACACACACGUCAGGGACGGGAUGAACGGCGUCUUCGCUCAGCUCACUCACCGGUGGCGAGGGCACAGACAGCGGCGAGGAUGAAGGUAACGAGUGGAACGAUGCGCGCGUCGACGUUGCCCAUCAGCCCUGAGAUCCAGUCGCCUGUGCCCAUGCCGUCGCACACUUUUUUGAUGCCCCACGCAGACAUCAGCACGAAACAAGACGACAGCAUAAACUGCAGACACACAGACAGACAGACAUCCACCAACACAACACAAGAGACAACGUCAUGGUGCUGACUGACUGACCUUGACGCCGUUGAAAAAGGCUAUCACGCAAUCCUCAACCUGAACCAACACACACACACCACACACACGGACAGACGCACUGAUGUGCCCUUCCAUCCUCUCUCUGUCCAUCCAUCCUUUGUGCUGACUGACCUUCAAGAUGCCCUGGUAGAUGGGCAUGAGCGACGCAAUCAGCGUGCCACACAGCGACACCACGAACAGCACAUAGGAAGAAUCGGCCGCGCCAAAGCUCAGUCGCCACGCGGCCUCAUUAAAGAUGUGAGGACCCCCAGGGAUCUCGUCGCCCUCCUCCAGGAUCAUCGCUUGGCCGUUGAGGAACAUGCCGAACAGGGUGCCCACGACCACGGCAACGAGCGGCACGACGCUGUUGUACCACCGCAACGGUGCGCCGAGAGGCGGCUUGUUGGUCCGCCGACGGAACUCCUCGUCAGGAAGCGUCUCGCGGAGCCUCUGUGGCAGGCAGGCAGGAAGGCAUCACACCAACAACUGCAUAUUUGACGAUCGGCUAAUCCCUGCCUCUGUGCCCUCCCCACCGACUCACCUCGAUCUCGUCUUCGUCAGCGUUGGCCUGCUGGUCCCACAGCCGGCCGGUGGUGAGGGCACGCCUCUCGGCCGCCAGCAUUGGGCCCCAGUCGCGGCGCAUCAGCGUGCCCAACACGAUCACGAAGAGUGCGGCGUAGCAGUAGAAGCGGUAGGGCAGACAGUCGAUGAACAUGGCAUAGCCAUCCUCACCCAGAUUCAACUGCAAGCAAAAGAUACAGACAGACAUAGGAUAGGCAGAUGGGAACGAAGGCACGGGAAAGCAACAAACAGAAAGUAAGUGCCUCUGGUCUAGAGAGGUCCGUGUGAGAGCAUGUGGUUUCGAUCCCCCUAACCUCCUUCGAGACGUCUUGCAGCAGGCCGACCUCGAAAGAAAUCCACGUCGAAAUGACCGCAACACCAGCAACUGCACCGCGCACGCACGCACCGACACGCACGCACGCACCAUCACCGACCCCCAGGAGGCUUCUCCAGGUGUGUCAGGGCUUCUUACUGGGUGCAGCGGUAGAGUCCACGAGGUAGGCGAGCUUCUCGCGUGACACGACCAUGCGGUCGCUGAGCGGCCGGAUGGAGUUGCCGACCACGACUGAGUUGCCGUAGUCGUCGAAGAAGAAGACGAUUCCCAUGAUGAAUGUGGCGAUGCGGGUGGUGUAGGGGGUGCGGGCGAACCGCAUGAUCUGCUGCACCAGGCCGUCCAUCCCCCCAGACCUCUGCAUGAUGGCAAUCAUCCCACCGAUGCACAUCGAGAAACCCAGGAUACGCGCAUUGAACGUGUCCCACAGGACACUGACACACACACACACACCGCCUCAGGCUCCUGUGCGUGUCUGUGUCAUUGAUGGUGUGUACUUGAAGUAGUAGUGUUCAAACACGUCCCAGGGCGGGAAGGGCUGCGCCGACUGCACCCACAGGCCUCCGAAGACGACACCGAAUGUCAGUCCCCAGAUGACGUCCCGGAACACCGAUGCGUAGGCAAUGGCGAUGACGGGCGGGAGAACAGACCACCAGCCGCCGUACCACCACGGCUUGUCGUUCCCCUCCCCCUUCUGCUGCUGCACGUCGCCGCAGCAGGGCUCUGAGAUGAUCGCCAGCACGGCGCAGAAAGCCGCAAUAAUGCCCAAGAAAAUACACCACUUCUGCACACGUCAAUACGCGACAGCCAAGGAAUCGAGGGACGUCCGUGAGAGAUCCGUGUGUGUGUGUGUGUGUGUCUGUGUGUUAUGCGGUGUGGUCGGUGGCUGACCUUCCAUUUGGCUCCGAAGAGGCUGUAUAGGCCUGCUGUGGUUCCUGCUGGUAUCCCCUUGAGGGAAGUGGCGAAGUCGGCGCAGUGGAUAGGCUCCAGAUCAUCGGCCUCCAUGGCUGCAGCACGUGAUCACCUCCCUCUCUGUCGCUUCACCCACCUCCUCACGUCUGCGACAUACACCGAUUACAGACACAGAACACGCCACCAUCUUGACACCAUCGUCAGCUCCGCAUCUCCACUUCUCUCCCAACGCGCAUACCUGUCGUGAUUCUUCGUGUUUGGCCCUCUCCUUGAGGAUGGUGGUACAGAUCUCUGUCAGGAGAGCGAGCCCUCCUUCGCC